AUGAAAAGAAAACGUGUACAGUCAACAUCAAUAUCGUCAAGUAGUGGAACAGAAUCAUCCACGAUAGAUGUAACAACUAAGUAUACGCCUACUUCUGUCACAGAUGUAACAACAAUAUUGCCACCCACAACUGUUACAAUUGCACCUACGAUACAUGUACCUACCAUAAAUGUAUCACCAACCUACAUACCUAUUACUACAGAUGUUUCCACAACGACAGACGUAACAACACCCAAACCAUCUACCACGGAUAUACCCGCUACUCCAGGUGUAAUAACAGAUAUACCAUCUACAACAGGUGUAAUAAUAGAUAUACCGUCUACUUCAGGUGUAACAACAGACAUAACCCCAACUACAGAUAUAACAGACACGCCUACUACUACAGGUGUAACAAACGCCCCAUCUACGAUGCAUAUAGAGGUAAUAACAGACAUACCAUCUACGACCAAAGUAACAACAGACACACCCCCUACUACCGGUGUAACAGCUGACACACGUCCUAUUACAGACGUAACAGACGUUCCAUUUACGACAGAUUUUACAACAGACAUACCCCCUACUACAGGUGUAACAGCGGACACACCUCCUACUACAGAUGUAACAAACACCCCAUCUACGAUAGGUGUAAUAACAGAUAUACCAUCUACGCCAGAUGCAAAAACACUCAAACAAUCUACCUCAGAUAUAACAACGGAUAUGCCAUUGACCUCAGAUAUACCAUAUUCGAUAGUGGAAACAACAGAUAUACCAUCUACCAGAUAUGUAACAAAACACGUACCAUCUACCACAAGUGUAACAACAAGUAUAACAUCUUCGAAAGAAUUAGAUGUAACAACACAAAUAUCAUCAGGGGUAAUAACAGAAAUAUCAUCCACAACAAUUGCAUAG